GAGGCGUACCGCCGGCCGACGCUGCGGACAGGUGUCCAACAUGAGCGCCGACGGCCGCUGACUGCAGCCCGCCUCCAUCCGACCAACUCUCUCUGCGGCGGAGGGGAAGCGGCGAGUGUUUUGCCCGCGCCGCCGCGGGGGGACGUGCGCUAAGUAACGGAGGACGCAAACAUGCAAUAGGCGGCAUCCCGGUCCGCCGCUACGCCAGAGCGCUCCCACCGGACCUCCGUGUACCUGCUGAACUUUACCCCACCCCUCCAACCUCCCCGCCCCUGACGCGAUGGCAGCCGCCACUCUCGGGGAAGUUGGAGGCGUCCUGCACGGCAUCGACGGCGUCGUUCACGUCGGCUCCCAUUUCGUUCUCACGCCUCCCGGGUACGGGCCGACUCUGCUGGGGGAGCACCACCUCGCCCCCGGGGACAGGCGGUACCUGCCGACCACGCCGGAUCUGAAGCACUUAAAGGGCAUUCUGAGGAGGCGGCAGCUGUACUGCAGGACGGGGUUUCAUCUGGAAAUACUUCCGGACGGCACGGUGCAGGGGACCAGAAAGGACCACAGUCGCCAUGGUAUUUUGGAAUUCAUAAGCCUCGCUGUGGGACUGAUAAGCAUAAAAGGAGUGGACAGCGGGCUUUACCUGGGGAUGAACGACAAAGGGGAGCUCUAUGGCUCUGAAAAGCUCACGGCCGAAUGCGUCUUCAGGGAGCAGUUUGAGGAAAACUGGUACAACACUUACUCGUCCAAUCUCUACAAACACGGAGACAAAGGGACGCGUUACUUUGUGGCUUUAAACAAAGACGGGACUCCAAGGGACGGGACGAAAUCCCGACGGCACCAGAAAUUCACACACUUCCUGCCCAGGCCCGUGGACCCAGAGAGAGUGCCAGAACUGUAUAAGGAUAUCCUGGGACACAGUUGAGACGCCAAAGUCCCUGAUCGGGGAGCAGCUGCUUUAAUGCCCCUGUUCGGCAGGGUGCAAAAUAAAAAAAUUAAAAAACAAUAAAAAAGAAGCAAAAACAAAAGCGAGGCCGACACGAUGCCUUGGCGCAGGCAUGGCGGACCAUGACAGGCACCGGAGGGGGGUGGAGGGUGGAGGAGCAGGAGGAGGAGGAGGAGGAGGCCUCUUGUAGGAAUGCACAGUGGCCGUCUCUCAGCGACCCCGAAGACAGGCUAGAAUGCCUCGGCAUGAGGGGCUCGUUUGUUCCGGAGGCCGGAGCGUCCCGUCCCAAGAGGCGUCCAGGGGGGACGAGCAGGGAAGCCCCGCCGCGGAUUUGCAUGGCGAUCCUUUUCUUCGAGCGAGAACCUGCCGUUGGUUGAGAAGGACUUUGAAGGAAUUCGUUUUUUGUUUUUUACUUCAGACCUGUUUGUGUCGAGACAUUUUGAAAAGUGUAAAAGUCUAUUUAUUCUUUUUUUUUUUUUUAGGCACACAUAUUUAUCUUUAUAUAUUUAUUUAUUGGAGAAUAUAUUUUUACAGGUAGAAUCACGCCAUAUAGAAAAGAAAACCAAUCCCCACUUGGAACCAUGUCAACUAUACAAAGACGGAGACACUAUAUUUUUUUGAUUUUUAUACCUGAAAAAUAGUCGUUUUACCCAGUGAUGCUCUGUAAUUUGAUCCAAAUUGUAAAACCUUUUGAAAAUCUCUCCCAAUUUGACAUGUACUCUCUCCCAGCUUUUAAUUGUAUGUCUCUUUUAAUUAGUAAUCAUGGCCACGCUAUUGUAACGCAUCGCAAAGGGAUGCCAAAAUACAACACUGAGUAAAAAUUAAAAACUAUCACAAUAUUUACCAAAAAAAAAAAAGAUCCAAAUUGAUUUAUUAGCACAACUUUUAAAACUGAAUUAUUCUUCUGACCUUGAAAAUAAUGUGACAAAUCUUUCAGGUGUAAUAAAAAGCAUAAAACAAACACAUGCCUAAUUAGUUUCUUCAAGAAAACGUGCUAAUCGUGCUAAACUGCAACAGUGACGGGAGUCGGCAUUUUAGGCUUCACCAUGACUGUGGUUUUCACAAAUUGCAAACAUUUCCAGACAGUCAACAUUUUUUUAUUUUUUUAUGAGGAAAUAAUGUGGCAGCAUUCUUUAUCUGCCAGCUGACCACCAGUGCUCAGCAACAAGUGAGGGAGGGGGGAAGUGCAGCAUUAUUACGAUUCCUGCACCUCCUUCUCUGGCACCUGAAUAAAAGGACUUUAUGCUGUAAUUGAUGGCUUAAUGGAAACUUUCAAAAACUCAACUUUUUGCAGCCUUAGCAUGUAGCCUGAUACCGAGAAUAUAUUAUGUAAUGUACGCUUUGGUGAGCUCGUUACAUGGCUUUGGAGAUUUCUGAAGGCAAAUGAAAUGCAUUGGAUUUAGUUCAGGUGUAUUGGAGUAAAAGGAGUUGAAUUCAAAAGCAUGCCACACUAUUCAGUUCUUCUUUUUUGUUUUAGCAUUUUAUUUGCAGUCUGCAUCCCAGAUGAUUCCCUGAUGCACUCCCUUCACUCGGCCUGUUAGCUCAGGCUAACAGCCAUGUUGUGCUGCCCUCUUUUCCACUGUCGGUUGAAGGAUUAAACAUCACUCUCUGGGGAUCUACACACUUGGCUGUUACCUUAUAACACCGGCCGUGUUUUAAACUCCUCCACAUCUUUGUCCCUGACCUCUCUAACCUGUGUCUGUUGAUGUUCGUGAAGCUUUUUGUUCAUGUACUCUGACUACCUCCCACAUUCCAACAACAAGACAUGUCUCUCUAAAUGUGCAUACAUAUUUGUCUGACCCGUGUUGGACUGGAGACCUGUCCAUGGUGAGCCCCGCUUGUUAUCCAUUAGCUGCGUUUCCAUGACAAAUGUGUGUAAAACUUUGUCAAUAUUCCACAAAUGUGGGGGUGGGGAGGUGUGGGGGGCGUGACGGUUGCCGUGUUUACAUUAAAUAAGAAACCCAAUCAAGAUCACAAGUGAAUAAGUUUGUCCAAGUGAUAACAAAAAAAACCCAACACCCAGCGCUAUUAUCCUCCUACCACUUCCUGUCGUCUUCUUCUUCUUCUUCGUGGUUUUCUCCUGUUGAUCAUGCGACUCUUGUGAUGCGAGAAGAAAAUAAUUUCUAAUUAAAUUUUGCAAUAUACACUAAUUUCAAUACAGCCGAAAGGCACCUCAUCCUAGCGCAAAAACGUCUUUAUCAACAAACAUAAGUGGGUUUUUUUGUUUCUGUUUUCUUUUUAAUUGCCAUAUUACCAUUAAGCAAAUUAAUAUUAGUAAACCCAAUUUGCCCAAUGACACGGUCAAUUGAAACGCAGGUGUUGACGGCUGGAGAUGAGCAGCAGAUAAUGGAUGUGGCAUUUUUCCUCCCCUUGUAGCACUUUGUAGGCUAAACAAGUAAACUCUGAUGUAAGAGGUUUUCACACCAUAACUGUUUAAUUAGUGCAAACUGAUCCCAAAAAACUGGCCUGUGCCUUUUGAAAAUGUCUGAAGUAUAAAAGAUUUAAAACUGAAACUAAGUUUUCUGACCAGAAGCCUCCAUUUAGGACCAGAAAUGAUUUUUGUUUUUCUUUUCUUUUCA